ACUCUCAGAUAUUUGUUCUUCACUUGGUAUGCAAGAUUAAAUUGUUAAUUAGAUUUAGUCGUUUUCAUUCUGAUUUAGUAAACUAAAUUGGCAGGUUGUGUCAUAUUUUUUAUACCACCAACCAGAAUCAAUAUGAGGAGACACUAGAACAAUAUAGGAAGGUCCUUAGGUAUGAAGUUAAAAUAAAAUGGCCAAACUGCUUUUAACUUUGUUCAUUUAUUGAUGAUGAUCCAAGGGGACUGUUGAAAGGUGAUGGAAGAGUAAGUGGAAUACCUUAAGUUUGAAUCUGAACAUCUAUUUUGGAUCUUAUGUUGUUACUAAUUAUCUAAUGCUACAUAUGUUUUUGUUAAACGAUGACAUUUCUAGGACUUUUAUCACCAUCAUUUGAAAAUUUCAAAUUGCAGAUAAAAUUCAUUGUUGAUGGUCAAUGGACUAUUGAUCCUCAAAAGGAAUCAGUUUACAAUGGUGGUAUUUGUAACAACAUUCUACUAGUUGACAGAUAACUUCAGCUUACAGGGGAGUCAGUUUAUCGACAAGAGUACAGACAAAUCAGAUUGCUUCAAAGUAUAAUGCUUUGUACAGGGAAGAAGCAGGCACAAUGCCCAUUGUAGGGGGGGAGGGGGAGCUCGAGAAAUGAUCAUCAGAGUGGAUGAGGUUUGACCUUUACCGAAUAAAAAAUAAGGGCUUCAACCCUCUAGGCUCUAGCAACUGUUGACAUUCAUUUGCCUACAUGCUUUGUUGGGAAAGUGUUGAUGUCUUCCAUGUCCUAAUGUUUUUAAGAUGCUAGUUUAUAAGAAAAUGGAUUGCUGCAUUAAGAAACUCCAUUUCUUAUAUUUCAAGGCAUGGAAACAGCAAACUUCCUCAGUUGUGGUGCUAGCAGCCUACAAACGAUUAGUGUGCCGAAAUAUGUAUUUCUGAUGUUAAUAAGCUCUGAGAGCACAAGUGUCGUGCUCCAAAAAUCCUUGAGGGCUCCUAGAAAUCUAGAACAUGGAAUCUUGCUACGAGGCUUGUACGACUUGGAACUGCUGAAAAUCAGUUCAACUUGUGGAUUAUGAAUAAUUAUCUUGAAAUAAAGCAGCGGUCUUUUCUUUGCUUUUGAUUCAUCAUUCAUGUUUAUAUCUACAGCUUCAUGAUUCAAGUGCUAUUAUUAAAUGAGAACAUCAACU